GGCUCGAACCGGGAACCGGCUCGAAGAAGAGCACGACAGCCAGAGCGAGGCGGGAUGUUGUUUAUUAAGAGUUGCUGGGCCUGGACAGGGCGAUAGACGUAGGCGGAGGCUUUGGCAUGGGCAUGAGCAUGAGGCUGAGCACCUGGCUGCGGCGUGCGGUAGGCUGUAGGCCUGCAGUGCCGGCGGGAGGGACUGGGUGCGUGCCGUGGGCGCCUGUGGCUGCCCGGAGCUCCGCCGUAGGGGACGUUUGCGGGACGACGGGGGGGCGACGACGGGAUAGGAACAGUGUGAGAGAGCGAGACCGGGGUAAGGAUGUUGAAUGGGGAAAGUAUCGUGAGAUGGCGUCGGCCCCAGUGAGGCUGUGUGUGGGUGGGCUAAAUGCAGUGCAGUGUUUUGCCCGAUUUGGUUCUCACCCCUGGGAUGAUGAUGCCGAGAGCGAGAGCGGCAGAAGCUGAGGAAGAAGGAGAGAAGAAGACUGGACGAAAGAGAAGCACUUGUCAGCAGACGACUCACUCGUCACUGUACCGGUAAUUCUCUUGUUUUG